AUGCAGCGGCCAGCGCUUCCUGCAGGCUUUCCCAGCCUGGGGGGCCAAGCUGGUGAGUCGAUCGGGACCGAUGCAAGAUCCGCGGCUGCGGAUGUUGAGGCGCUGGAGGCACUGGCUGCGGCGCUUGCAGCGGUGCCGACUGCCUUCCGAUCCCAUCUGAAGCUGCUGGGUCAGUUUGCAGGCGAGGCUCUGUGUGGGGUGCACAGCACCGCUGCGCUGCGUCAAGCAGAGCAAUGGAGCGAGGCUGCACAGAAUGUCCUGGCAACAGCGCACCUGCAGCUGGAUGUCUUAUACAUAGGACUGGAGGAUGCUGCUGCGGCCAAAGUUUACAGGUCAGCAGUGAAGCCGGGCGCUGCAGGUGUGCAAGCGGGUGACACUCCAGCAGGCACCAUCCAGAACGCGCAGAUGGUGAUUUUGGCGCAGCAGCGGCUGGCGGCAGUGCUGGACUGCCUGGAGAGGCUGCUGACGCAGCCAGCGCUCGCCCCUGUGCCUGUGCCCGGCCCCGGCAUUGUGCAGCUUUGCGCGCGCAUCCUGUCUGUGGACGACUCCCUCUCCCGCGCCGGCCGGGCAUCUCCAUCAGCAGCGGCGUACACCGAGCUCCUAGCGGUGCUGCCGGGCAUGCACGCAGCCGCCGCAAAGCUGCUGCAGCUGCUGCUGCACGUGGGCGGCGGAGCGCUGGUCCCGCAGCACAAGGGCAUCACCCGCCUGCUCGCUGACUUGCUGCGGCGGCUGGCCGCUGAACCCCCAUCCUUCCUUGCCACAUCCUCCUGGCUCGUCCGGAGAGAGGUGUAUGCAUGCGCGGCUGGGCUGAUUAGGGUGGGCGGCUGGGGCCCAGUCAGGGAUCUGGCAGCGCCAGUGAUGCAGUGCAUGCUGCUGGAGCUCUACACCGCCCCGGCCGGCACAGCGCAGGCGCCCAAGCCUGGCGCCAAGCAGGCCAAGAAGCGCAAGAGGGCCAAGGCCGACCAGAGCCUGGAUGACCUGGCAGGCAUCAGCAGUGGCAGCGCCCUGCUGGCAUCCGCGCAUGGCUUCAACACCCAGUCGCCUGCUGUGGAAAUGAGGAAUGCGGCGGCUCAAGUGGCUGUGCUGGCCCUUGUGGAGGAGCUCUACAAGGUGGGAGGGGCGGUCCUGCGGCUGGAGGCGAGGGCGCAGCUGGAUGCAGCAGUGGCGCACCAGGCGGCGACGGCGGCGGCCGGCUGCGAGAGGGCGUCCAGAUCUGGCGCGCAGGCCCCCCGCUGCGUCCGCGCCGUCCAGCUGGCGGCUCUGCGCGCUCUGCUGGCGUCCGUGCUGGCGCCGGCCGCGCACCGGCCGCCCUUCCUCGCGCACGCCCUUCAUGCCUUCCGCAAGGCGCGCCACCCGUGCUGA